AUGUUUGCAUGGUAUUUUAUCAUUCAUGUUCCGUUCUGCUUCAUUGGAUCUUCCCGACGAGACAAUGAAUAUGCCUCCACCAAAUCUGCAAGCAGAAAUGCGACGCCUCCAGUUCUUAAGCUAUCUCGUCCUUCUGAAAAUGGUUCUACCUUGCCAACCACACAUACAUUGACUCCGACUCAUAACAAUUCAAUAUUUGGUGAUGUUGAGAAGGUUUCCAAACCUGCAGAUUCCAUAACUGUCAACACCAAACCUGUUGAACCAACUGAGGCCAUUGAGAAUGAUUCUCCUGCCAAGAGAAGAAUCAGCGGAGUCGAUAUGCGCCCCUACAAAAAGACACGUUUGCUGGCAUCGUUUUCCGAAACUGUGAAAUUAAUUGUCGGUCCCAAAGAUGGAACCAAGACGUUUGUUGUUCAUAAAGAUAUGCUCUGUGCUGCAAGUCCCUUUUUUGAGGCUGGCUUCAAACCUGAGUGGCAAAAGGGAGGAGAUGCCACCAUGGAGCUACCUGAAGACGACCCAAUAUAUUUUGCGCCAUUGGUCUAUUGGAUCUACAACAACGAAAUUGUCUAUCUGUGUGGAUCUUUAAUAGCACCAAUGGGAGAGCUAGCUAAGGUUUACCAAUUGGCUGAAAAAUAUAUGAUGCCACGACUCCAGAACGAUCUUAUUGAUUCUUUAGUUUAUGAGACUAUCACCAAUGGCCAAUUGCUUGUUCCACGCACUAUAUCUUCGAUUUUCGAAAACUCCCCAGCAGCAUCGAAGCUUCUUCUUUUUGCAGUCAACCGCAGUCUCAAGGAUUGGGCUUAUUUUCGACACUUGGUCUCAGAACCAGAGGAGUUCUCCGCAGACUUUCUCUUCGAAAUAUUUAAAGCUUUCGCAAUGAAUCCGGAGGUAGGAGUGAAAUACACCUUCUUGAAAUCAGAUAAUCAGUAUUGUGAGUUAUAUCACAUCCAUGAGGCCGAAGAGGAAGGAAAGUGCAAAUCUCUCAAACUCCCCGAACACGUAGCGUCGGAUUGAGUUGAUGGAAAUGGGUGGACAUUAGCUUGGGGCUCUCAGAAUAUGUAUCUCGUCAGAUUAGCUAUUUUUAACAAUCACUGCGCUUCUUUGAUUUUCUACACGCUCAUAAACCCAUACCACAAUCUUUGCAUUGUCAGCAUAAU